CAUUCAUUUUCCAGUCUAGUCUGCGUCCGACCCGACGCCGGGCAGCAAGUGACCGACGGGAUCACCGGGGCACGCCGCCGUGCUACAGCCGUACGUUCGGCUCGUCGCGUUUUCGGUCGUUUUCCGUCACUAAGUGUUGACGAAGUGUUUCAAUUUUUAUUGCGUGAAAAUAGAAAGUAAUUUGUGAACAACAUUUCAUCGCUCCAACUCGCCCUUCCGCCAUCUCGCCAUGUUUGGACGGGGAGAAGCCAUCGACUAUUUCGAGGAUGGCGCAGAGCUGACGCUGGACCUGUCGGUGUUCGACUCAUCCUCCCGCAAGGUGCUGGACAUCGUGAGGGGGCGUCGCAGACCGUGCCUGGAGAAUGUGGUCACGCUGAAGAACUUGAACUGCGCGGACGAGCCGAACGCGCUGCCGCUCCUCAACUCAGUGGCCCCGCACGUCGAGGAGUUGGACCUGUGCCGAGCCCGCCCGCCGCACCUGCGGGUGGUGUCGCGCAUGAAGACCCUCGCAAAGCUGGACGUUCGCACCGAAAGGCGCCUCCUCCUGAACCGCGGGGAGGUGCUGCCGAGCUUGCCGCUGCAGUUGAGGGAGCUGCGAAUCGGAGCCGCCAGGAAAGAGCAGCUGAUGCUGAUCCCUCGCAUGAAGAGGCUCCGUCGGCUGGCGAUUCACGGCGUCAACAGCUCCUCCAUGGCCACGGUGCAGAUGCCGACCCCGGCACACCCUCCCCAGGUGCGCUGGCUGCAGCUGUGGCUGAGGCCUGCGCAGAAAGCCCUGGCGCUAUCACUGAUCAACUGCUUCGGCUCUUCGCUGCGCGAACUGCGCUUCAGGUGUGAGUCGGGGAAGAGCGUGGACUCUGACUGGUUCCACUUCCCGGACCUCGCCCGCGACCUCUCGCGGUGCGGCUCGACGCUGCCGAAGCUCCGCCGCCUCGUGCUGUUGCGGGAUCGGGACUGGGAUGGACCCUGCAGCCCGGUAGAGUCGGACGCAGACUCUUCAGACUCCAGUGAUGCAGACCAGCGGGACUCCUCGGACUCGAGCGACGAAGAGGACAGCGACUCGUCUCAUUCUGCUGUCUCCAGCUCAAGCAAUGAUACGAGCCGCGAAGAUUCGGACUCUGCUGCGGAGUCUUCCGACUCCGGUGUGCACGACGUUAAAUCGUGCAAACGCCAGCUGCGCUCUAUCGAGAAGUGGCUGCAGCGGCGGACCGGAGUCACCAGGAAGGUCGCAGUAUCGUGCGACUCAUGUCACGUGAAGCCGGGCACCCGAUGGUGAUGCAGGAAGCGAUAUGCUCGGAGCCGUUCCCUGACAAUGUGGACGUUACAUAUAACUUGAUUUAAUCUCUCGGUUUAGCUCUGUAACACGACCCAAACUUUGGCACCAUGAUAAUCGUGUACUCUCAUUAGCUUUGUUUUUAAAAAAAUAUAUAUAAAAAAAAACUGUUCCCAAUUGCAUGUAAAUUCAUGCAGUCUAUCAAACUUCAUUUAAUCACUUGUUAAUGUUUCUUGUGACACAACCCACACUGUGUCGCCAUGACAUUUUUUAGGAGACUGUAUUCUCAAGAGUGUUUCUUUUAUUACUUUUUAAGUAUUUUUUGAAAACUGACUUUGCGCUCAAUUGCAUAGAUUUCUGAUCGCACAGAAAUCCUUUGUAUCACUUCGUAACUGCUUAUAUUCUUUGCAUUUCUUGAUUUAAAUAAAGCAGGUUUUGAGUACUUUA